GGCUAUGCUGGAUAUAAACUCUUGACUACCCCUCCUCUCUUCAACACUUCAAAGAAGCCACGUUGUUAUCCUUUGCUUCCAAGCCCCGUCAUUUUCUCAAUGUUAAACCAGUGAAUCUAUCGCAACAUGGGAAACCACAUCUCCUACCAAACAUCCGAGUGUCAGAUUCAGUUGCCGGGAACGACUGGCUCUGUCAAAGGUUUGCAGAAUGGCACCCAAUCGAGACGCUUCGCCGGCAUUCCAUACGCACAACCCCCCGUCGGUGACUUGAGAUGGCGUAAACCUCAACCCUACCCUUUGCAACAGCUCCCCGCAGGCCAGCCCGGGGAUACUUACGAUGCGACGCGAUUUGGGCCCGUCUGCCCGCAGCCUAAUUACUCCAAGGCCGUCAGCUCCCAUGGUGGGCCUAAACAUACCUACCAUGAGGAUUGUCUGCGCCUCAAUAUCUGGACACCCGUUCCUGAUCCCCAAGUGCGCAAUCCCAAGUGGCCUGUCAUCAUCUGGUUUCAUGGGGGCUGGUUCCAGAUUGGCGACCCCAGCCAAGAGCCGGGAAUGGACCCCACCGAACUCAUCUCCACUGCAAAGUUGAAUGCCAUCUUCAUUGCAGUGGGCUACCGAUUGAAUGUCUUUGGAUUCUUGGCGGGCGAGGCGCUGCGGGAGGAGUCGGCUGGCCAAGAAGUCGGCAACUAUGGCCUUUGGGACCAGCGACUCGCCCUGGAAUGGGUGUACCAGAAUAUUGCUGCAUUUGGGGGAGACCCAGAGAACAUCACAAUCUCGGGUCGCAGUGCUGGCGCUUACGCGGUUCAAGCUCAGGUUCUCUAUGACUUCCAGGGUGAGAUGGAGGACGCCAUGCGUAACAAAUUCCGCAGACUGUACAUGCAUUCCAACGCGAUUCCAUCCCAGCCCAAGACCGUACAGGAUUGCCAGCCACAGUUCGAUGAAUUGUGUCAGCACUUUGACGUUCCAGCAGACUUGACAGGGGCAGAGAAGUUGGAGAAGCUGCGAGCCAUAAGUGCACCGGACCUAUGUGAUGCGAUCAUGAAACUCAAACACCACACUUUCCGACCGGUCACCGAUGGUGUCUUCAUCCAGCCAGGCGUCUUUGACUACUAUCGCAAUGGAUCUUUCGCCGCCGAGUUCAAGAAACGCGGCCUGCGGUUGUUCAUUGGGGAAGUCCGGGACGAAAACACACUGUAUGCCGUGACGAAUGGUCCGGAGGCCAAUGUGGAGUCUAUGAAACUGCAAGUAUCGAACUACUAUUCUCCUGCCACAACGGACCGUCUACUACGGCAUUACGCCCUACCAGAUUCCACAGACAAGCAGGAAUGGCAAUCUGUCUUCGGACAGAUUAUCGCCGACGGGCAAGUUCGAGCGCCCUACCGGUUUUUGGUGAACAAUCUCCUAGAGCACGGGGUGGAUCUUAAGGAUGUCUGGCGAUAUCUGAUCGCUUACCGAAUGUCGUUCAUCACUGAAAAGGUGGCGCCAGCAUCCUUCGGGGUGAGUCACAGCAUGGACAGACCGAUCUGGAAUUACUCAAUCAUGCAUGGGCCCAGUCCGGCAGAGCGCAUUUUGAUGGACGACUGGAUCCGAGAUCUAGUGGCCUUUGUAAAUGACCAGCCUGAUUACGAGUAUGGCACACGGUCGGCAGAUGAGUACAAGGUGAUGACCCCAGAGGGCACGAUUGAGGUUCAAAAGGACGGCCGAUGGGAUAGUCUUUUGCAGUUGAUGGAUGUGUUUUCGGGUCCCUCGCCAUCCAUCACGCUUUCCCUCCUUCUUGACAUCCAUCCGGCAUUCAUGCGACAAAAUCAGUUGAGGACAGGAUUGUAUCUUCAAAAUGGGUCGGAGCACCUGGAGGGCUCAAAGCUGUCGGACUUGCCUGCUGCGCAAGGUCAAGGUGAGAUAUUAAGUCACACACGUCCCAUGAACACCGCCAUCGCUGGACGGAACGGUCGAUCCUUGAUGGUGUACCAGCACCAAGUACAAUUGGUCUCGAUCUUUCUGCGCGACUACUUACCCCCGGAGGCUCCAGAUUCGACAAAGAACCAGUCGCCUGUCCACUGGGUAGAAUUGUUUUCUUCCUUCGUUCAGUCCGAGUCGCCAGUCGUCAGGACAGCCCUCGCUGCAUUGACACUUGUACAUAUGGCCUCCUUGCAACAGGACGACGCGCUGGCACAUUACAGCAGACACCAUUACGUGCAAGCAAUGCAGCAAAUAUGUGCACUAACAGAAGUAGACUACUGCUCUGAUCUCGUCCGCACUGCCAUGAUCCUUGCACUCUACGAGGUCUGCGCACAACCGUCAGGGCAAGACCAUGCAUGGAGUGUCCACGUUCAGGCAGCCUGCAAGCUAGCUAGUGAAUCCAACACCGCGACGGAGAUGUUAACGGCGCAUGAUUUGCGUCGGCUACGUACUAUUGAGGUGGGUUCAUUUUCAUCCAUGAUCUGGCACGUCUAA